AUGCCACGAAAAUCGAUCGAUUCCCGGAUCACCUCCUUGAUUAGAAAUGGCAUACAGGAGAAGAAAAGGAGCUUCUUCGUGAUUGUCGGUGACCGCGCUAAAGACGUUAUUGUCCACCUCCACCACAUAAUGUGCAGCGUCGACGUUAAGCAGAAUAAAUCGGUUUUAUGGGCAUAUAAGAAGGAUCUGCUUGGGUUUACCAGCCAUCGCAAGAAGCGCGAGGCCAAGAUUAAGAAGGAAAUCAAAAGAGGAAUACGGGACCCAAACACCGAGGAUCCGUUCGAGCUGUUCAUCACCCUCCAGCAGAUUCGAUAUGUCUAUUACAAGGAGACGGACAAAAUCCUGGGAAACACAUAUGGGAUGUGUGUGUUGCAGGACUUCGAGGCGCUCACACCCAAUCUGUUAGCCCGCACGAUUGAAACUGUCCAAGGUGGAGGACUGCUCAUUCUCUUAUUGAAGGGAAUGAAGAGUCUAAAACAGCUCUACACCUUAUCUAUGGAUGUCCAUUCCAGAUACCGGACCGAGGCUCAUGGCGAUGUAGUCGCACGGUUCAACGAGCGCUUUAUCCUGUCUCUGGGAAGCUGCAAAACUUGCUUGGUAGUAGAUGAUGAGCUGAACGUUUUGCCAAUCUCGGGUGGUAAAUAUGUGGAACCGCUGGCUCCAAUUGACCCAAGCAACGAGUCUACGGACCCGACGAAGAAGGAGCUAAAGGAGAUCAAGGAUAAGCUGACAGAUACAGAACCUGUUGGGUCCUUGGUCACAUUGGCGAAGACGGUGGACCAGGCAAGAGCGCUUCUCACGUUUGUUGAUGCCAUAGCAGAGAAGACUCUGAGAAGUACUGUUACCUUAACUGCUGCCCGUGGUCGUGGAAAAUCCGCUGCCCUUGGUGUUGCCAUUGCUGCGGCGAUCGCGUACGGCUAUAGCAAUAUAUUCAUUACCUCUCCAAGCCCAGAGAAUUUGAAAACUCUGUUUGAAUUUGUCUUCAAGGGCUUUGACGCUCUAGGAUACCUGGAUCAUGUUGAUUACACAAUUCUUCAGUCAACGAACCCCGAUUUCAACAAAGCUAUUGUUCGUGUCAAUGUUCACCGCCAACACAGGCAAACAAUUCAGUACAUCAAACCCCAAGAUGCCUUUGCUCUUGGACAAGCAGAGUUUUUGGUAAUUGAUGAGGCUGCUGCCAUACCCUUACCAUUAGUGAGAAAGCUAAUGGGUCCGUAUUUGGUAUUUAUGGCGUCCACCAUCAACGGAUAUGAAGGAACUGGAAGAUCUCUGUCUUUGAAACUGAUUCAACAACUUCGGGAGCAGUCAACAGGUGGAACGAAAACUACAGAUGAUACACACUUUGUUGACCGGGCGGCAGGGAAAUCUGUGAAGCACGGAGAAAAGAACUUUUCGGGUGGCCGUUCACUGCGAGAGAUCACUCUUUCGGAACCCAUCCGAUAUGCGCCUGGAGAUUCAGUGGAGAAAUGGAUGAAUAAGCUCCUCUGCCUCGACGCAACCCUUCCUAAAUCCAAAGCGAAUACCCAGGGAUGUCCUCACCCAUCCCAAUGCGAGCUACUUCACGUUAACCGUGACGUUCUCUUUUCGUUCCACCCGCUUCCCGAAAAGCUUUUGCAGCAGAUGAUGGCGUUGUAUGUGGCUAGCCACUACAAAAAUUCGCCAAAUGAUCUUCAGCUCAUGAGUGACGCGCCAGCGCAUCAACUAUAUGUGUUGGUACCACCAACUGACCCCAACAAGAUACCCGAACCGCUCUGUGUAAUCCAGGUGGCUCUGGAAGGUCGAAUAAGCAAGCAGAGCGUGCUACAUGGCCUUAGCCGUGGACAACGAGCGGGAGGAGAUCUAAUCCCCUGGCUUGUUAGUCAACAGUUUCAAGACGAAGAGUUUGCGGGACUCUCCGGUGCAAGGAUUGUGCGAAUAGCUACGAAUCCAGAUUAUCUGGGCAUGGGCUACGGCUCACGCGCUGUCGAACUACUGACCGAUUUCUUCGAAGGCAAAUUUGCAAGCUUGUCAGAGGAGGAUAAUUUCCCCUCCGAUGAAUUGGUCAGGGUAACGGAUGAGGAAUUAGCAAAUUCAAGUUUGUUGGAUGAUAGUAUUCGUAUUCGAGACAUACACUCCAUGCCACCUCUCUUUUCUAGACUUAACGAACGGCGUCCAGACUCCCUUGACUACCUGGGCGUCAGCUACGGCCUAACCCCUCAGCUUCAUAAAUUCUGGAAGCGCUCCCGCUUCACUCCAAUUUAUUUGAGACAAACCCCCAACGAACUUACCGGCGAACACUCCUGUGUCAUGCUCCGUACCCUAUCUACAGGCAGCAACGACAGCAGCUGGCUUGGAGCUUACGCACGGGAUUUCCACAAACGCUUUCUUGCCCUCCUAUCUUAUCAAUUCCACGACUUCCCAUCCGUACUCUCCCUCAGCAUCGGCGAAUCCACCAGUGCAGCCUCGAAGUCCGACCCAUCUUACACACCUUCCACCCUAACAAAAGCAGACCUGGACGCUGCAUUCUCUCCCUUUGACCUAAAGCGUUUAGACAGCUACGCAAACAAUCUGCUCGAUUACCACGUCAUCCUCGACAUGGUCCCAACAAUCGCGGAAUUCUAUUUCUCUGGCCGCCUGGGGAGCGGCGUGAAUCUUUCCGGUGUUCAGCAGUCAAUCCUGUUGGCUAUAGGCUUACAGCGAAAAUCCUUUGACGAUGUUGAGAAGGAACUUAAAGUUGCCGCAUCCCAGCUGAUGGCCAUGUUUGUAAAGAUUGUCAGGAAAGUUUCUGCGCAUUUCAGGAUUCUAGUCGAAGGUGCUGUGGCGGAGACUUUGCCGCCUGCGGCAAUUAGUGUUUCUCCGAAGGACGCUACGGACGUUCAUGAUGAUGAAGUUAUCGCUGAGCGAUUCCAGCCUCUGGAUGUUGGACUCGAUAAGGAGCUAAGAGAAGGAGGUGAGGAGGUUACUAAAGAGUUGAGAGAAAAACAACGGGCUCUUAUUGAUGCGUUGCCUUUGGAGCAAUACGAAAUCGCCAACGGAGCCGCUGCCUGGGAAGAUGCGGAAAAGCAAAUCCGCGCCUCCGUUGGUAAGAACGGCAAUAUACCCACCGUGAGCGUCAAGUCAUCGAAGCCCAUGAAGCGCAAGGCGGGAGAGUCGGCCAAAGAGAUCUACGAGAAGGAAAUUGAAGGCAAGAGGGAGAAGAAGAUUAAGAAGGGCACAGAGGGGGGGAGGAAGUAA